AUGGAUACGAUUGAAACACUGUAUGCGGAAAGGCUUCGUGAGGACAGCAUUGGCAGCGUGAAAGGGGAUGCUGAGAAGCAUUCGGAUAUCAUGGCGAAGUGGCGUCGUGCCCUUGCCCAUGUGGCUAACUACUGCAUCGAGAAUCGUAUGAAGACACCCUUGGGAAAGCCUAUGGAUACCUUUAAUAAGAUAGGAGCUGAACUUUUGCGAUUGGCUAAAGAGGUCAUGGCGGUUCCCACGGCGGCCGCUGUAAAAUCUUCCGGCAAUUCACGUACCUCCGCGUCUUCUACUCGAGAUAAAUCUUCUAAAGAAGAAGAAGAUGGCGGAGAGGUUGGGGAACCAAGGGCCAUUUCUGCAGCGGAAGAGUGGUGGCGUGUACGAUGUCUUCUUGAGUUUGUCGAGAUUUUCGAGAAGCUAAUGUAUCAUGUCAAUAACGGAACAAUGUUUCCCAUUUGCAACGUAUCUGUGCUGUCCCGCCAGUUUUUUACCACUAAUGUCGCCAGCUGUCAAGAGUGGCUUUCGAGAACUUAUCCAUUUGCGAUGAUUGUUGCAUUUCACAAUGGAAAUUAUGCACAAGUGAGAUAA